AUCCGUUUCAUGUCAGAUCUUUAUACAGGCUGGAUUCACCCCUCCAUGUUGCUACAAUGAAUGACUUACUUUGUCAGCCGGCUCCUGGUGUAUCUCUGUCCCCUCGCAGGCUCCCAGGCAGGUCCAAUGUACAGAGACCUUUGAGCUGCUGUCAAGGUUUGCUAUUUCCCAGAUAAGUCUGUCAGUCAGUGUGAGAGCUCUCUGUGCAUGCUGGGGUUGAGGAGAAGGCUGCUGAACAAGCUGGAUGAGGAAUGGAACAUUAAACAGCUCGAACUCUGCCUGUCAUCAAAUUACAAUGGACUACCUUAAAAACUGCAGUUACGUCACUGGGUUGAGAAACAAGAUGUAACCACGUGACCCACUGAAGCUUGUGUCAGCCAUGUUGGUUAAGGACGUGGAUGAAACCUAGUAGGUUUGGGACCAGUGGAUGUAAUAGCAAUGCCCACUAGCUGCGCAGCCUUUGGCUGCACCAACAACUCUAAGAGAGAUAGGCGAGUUACCUUCCAUAGGUAUGUAAUAACCAGAGUGCUUCCCGAUGUUCUAUCAGAUUACUAUAACUUGUCAGAAUGCUAUACCCGCGUCACUUCAAGGUAUACACAGCCUGUGUGAAUUGGGGAGUACACCAUCCACAACUCUUCUACAACUACCACUCUCAUCAUGCUGUGCCAGCUUGUAGGCUAUCAUGUUUGGAAUUGCAGUUCUACAAUAGGUUUGGCAUUUUGGGCAUACCUAGCUGUAUGCUUCUGGGUUUAUUCACUAAAAUAUACCAAAUUUAAAGUCAACCUAUCAUGACAGAUAUGUUAACAGUUUUCUAACCAUCUGUCUGUAGUCAUGUUAUACAAUUAAAGGGUUCCUUCAACCCAGUAGGUCAGAUUCAGUUUUGAGGGCGGCAAUGCCAAGAGGUGCUCCCCUUUUUAACACAAAAUAUAUUACUUUAAAUUUACCUGUAAUCCAGGAUCAAGUGUGCUGGAUUACAGGUAUUUGUAAUCCAGCACUAACUACCUCCUCUGUUUAAUGUUAGCAGGUAAUUUGCGUUUCUCUGGUUCACAGCGCAUUUGCCUACAAUCUGAGCCAGCUCCAGGAGGGAGUAUGGAAAAAAAUAAAUCAGUAUAAGUAUUGGAGGGAGGGCGAUGCCUGCGAGGGAGAAGAUUAUUAUGUCUCACAUCACGCAGAAUUGACAUUUGGUAGUUUAAAACAGAGAUUCGAGCUGCCAGUGUCGCGUGUGCCAGGGUUGUAAGUAGGCCGCAGCACAAAAGUGUAAAUAACACUGCCCUUAUAGACUCCUACCACGAUGACAAAUUCAAAUCACUGAAGUAGUCAUGGGAGUUGGAGUACCUUUAUAAUGUUAGGAAUACAAAUAAGUAUUACUAACUCUAUAGUGCCCUAGUAACCUUUUUUUGACCUGUCCAGUGUUGCCAGGGUUAAAAACUUUCCACCAAUAGGAACAGUCCUUCUCUCAUAUCCUCUCCUGUAUCCUCCUCCUCUUCCUCUUUCUUGAUGUUGCCGAAGCUACAAUGUCCUCAACAGCGACAAACUAUAAACUCAUCGUAAAAACGAAACAGAACAAAAGAAACUUCCGGAGCAAAUCGUCUUGAACUGCGCGAUCCGGCAUCCUCAACGAUGUGUAUCUGGAGGACCAAUCAGGCUGAAAAGGACACGAAAACAAUGGUAAAACGUGUCCUUGCCAACUAUUUUUGUUUUAUCACCCAUUACAAAAAAUUGAGUUAGUCAUGUAAUCCUGUACAUAUCAACCUACAAUCGUCACUCGUCCUUCAUAUUAAUUGAAAACCCAACUGAGUCAAUGAUCACUCCUACCAAUACCUUAUCUAUUACAUACCUGGGCCGGGAUACCCAUUUCCAAGUGCUUCUGAUCCGGGUGGGCUAAUACUCGCCUCCGUGUCCUUUAUAAAAUCAUGACUUUACGUCAUGUUAUUAGUAAAAUCUGUUAAUUUUAUUAAAGGACACGGAGGCUCAUAUUAGGCUAGUUUAAAGCUGAGAGAUAACUACUCUGGACACGUGGUCUGUGGGUCGAAAGUAAUAUUCCUUAAACGUCGACUGAGGCGACCAAUCUGCUGUUCUCAAGAGAUCCUCCAAUCUACAGCCCGAACUGAAAACUUUGGACGCCAUAGCAUCCCUGGUAGAGUGUGCUCCAUAGACAGUAGUAUCUAUAUGCGCCAUCGCCAUUACCCAUUUAACCCACCGGGUUAGAGUCACCGUGGAUACUGGAUGAUGAGGUCGUUUGAUAGCCAAAAACAAUUCCGGGUGCAUCGGAUUCCUGAAUCCCAAGGUUCGUUUCUCGUAUUCCCGUAGGCAGUUUACUGGACAAAGUUUGAUGUUAUGUGGGAACGAGGGAUAUGAAACUGAAGUAAUUGCCGACUUAGUACGCCUGGAAAUGUUGAAGGAGACUCCCGUUGGGGUAAAGGAGCGCGCCGUAACAUCCAGUGCUCUAACAUCAGACACCCUCUUGCAGGAAAUCAGGCACAAAAGCAUGGUCAAUUUCGCUGACAGUUGCUUAAGCGAGAGUGCAUCAUUGCGUGGCCAAGAUUCCAACAAUUGUAGGACUGAAUUGACGUCCCAUAAUGCCGUGUACCUGGGUUGCGGGGGACGAGCAAACCGAAUUCCCCGUAGGAGACGACAUACCGGCAGUUGUUGCCCCAUCGGGCUUCCAUCUAUCCCUCUAUGUCCUGCGGAAAUCGCCGAUCUAUAAACAUUAAUGGUUCGGUAUGCUAAACCUUGGGUGUACAGAUUGGUAAGGAAACGUAACAAAGGAGCUAUAGGAGCACAUACGGGAUCCACUCGUUGUUCCAUGCACCAAUGACUCCAUCCGUUCCAGGCAUGGAGGUAGGACCGUCUAGUUCCAGGCGCCCAAGCUCCUGCCAGUAACUCGAUAGUUUCUCGUGGAACAUCUCGUGGCACAACCCAGGGUCCCCUGAAAGGAGCCACGCUACGAGCUUGAGCUGCCCUUGAGCCAGCAGGGGGUGUGGAUUGCCCUCCGGGUCCGAUAAAAGGAAUAAGACAUCCGGGAGUAAUCGCGGGAGGUCCACUGACAUCUCCAUGAGUGUUGGAAACCACGGUUGAGGACCGGGGGUUACGAGGACCAGGGAUGCCUGAGUCCGUCUGAGAUGCACCAGUGUCCGAGCUAUGAGGGAGAACGGAAAGGCGUACAUUCGGCCGUCCGGCCAGUGUUGGAGGAAAGCAUGCGCCGCCAGUGCGUCCGGAUCUGGUCUCCAGCUGAAGAACGUUGGUAAUUGGGAGUUCAACCGAGAUGCGAACAAAUCAAUCUGCAUUGGGCCCCAGAGUGUCUGAAGUCGUAAGAACACAUUGCGGUUCAGCCUCCAGUCGCUGGCGUCGUGCAGAUGUCUUGAAUGCCAGUCCGCUACGACGUUGGACAAACCCGGGAUGUAUUCCGCUUGUAUGGAAAUAUUGCGAUCCAGGCAGUAUUACCAGAACUCCUUGGCCAGGUCUGUCAAAAUCUCUGAUUUCGUGCCACCCAGGUGGUUGAUGUACCGGACCGCUGAAAUGUUAUCCAUGCGCAGGAUUAUUGGAGCAAUUUGUUGCGCCCCCAAAAAGGCUCUUCAGGGCGAACGACCCCGCUAUCAUCUCCAAGCCGUUGAUGUGUAGGCUUUUCUCUGCACACGACCAUAUUCCUCCGGUGGAGAUAGGCCCGCAACGCGCUCCCCAACCGUGAGUGCUCGCAUCGGACUCGAGGAUGAAAUCCGGGGCCGGCCCAAAAAUUGCCGUUCCAUGCCUCCAUAUGACGUAGCCACCAUGUGAGUUCUUGCUUGGCUGCGUAAUCGAGUGGCACCGAGUCUGAGUACGAGUGCCCUGAGCGCAGCUGUGUAGCGUUCAGUCGCUGUAGGGCCCUUUAAUGGAGUGGACCCGGGAAAAUUGCCUGAAUGGAGGCCGAUAGGAGUCCGAUAAUCCUGGCCAACUGUCGUAGUGUCAACACCGGUCUUGUGAGUGUCCUGCGGAUCUCCUUUUUUAUACGUUUGACCUUGUCCGUUGGUAGGCUGAGUGUUCCGGCGACUGCGUUGAUACGGAAACCCAAGAAUUCUAUGGUUUGGGACGGUGUCAGUACUGAUUUCUCCCAAUUGAUGAGAAAUCCCAAGUUUUGGAGCAACGUCAGUGCCCAUGUCAGGUGUUCCCGGAGUUGGGAGAUCUCUUGUGCCAUGAUCAGCAUAUCGUCCAGAUAGAUGAUCAUCCGUAUACCUCUGCUGUGGAGCAAUGCGACCACCGGCUUCAGUAAUUUUAUGAAGCACCAAGGGGCCGAUGAAAGACCAAAGGGGAGACAUCGGAAUCUCCACGUCACUCUUUCCCAUUGGAAUCCAAUCCCCUAGUCUGAGUAGGUCUCGAAGGCAAUGGAUACCCUCCAUCUUGAAAUGGUGGUACCGUACAAAUGCGUUUAGUGGGCGUAGGUUGAUGACUGGGCGUACUCCGCCGCCUUUUGGGAUACCAAAAACAGGUUGCUCGUGAACUCGGGGAAGGGUGACGGGACCCGAUAUAUGGCGCCUUUUUCCUGUAAGGCGGUAAUCUCCUUAUCCAUUAAACCUUUGUCUCGUUUUGAAAAUGCUAUUGGAUGUGGCCUGCCUGCCUGGACAGGGGGUUGUACAAACUCUAUGUGAUACCCUGUGACAGUAUUGAGAACUCAUGCGUCCGUCGUCAGGCGCUGCCAGUUCCACAGAAAGUGGGACAGUCUGCCCCCCACAGUCGGUAUACCCGGGGAGGGGGGAGUUAGCACACUCACCAUAAGGACAUCGGCCGUACGAAUUGCCACUGGGUCCUUGCGGCUGCCAUGGACUGGCUCUGACUGGGAAGAAGGGUGAGGGUGCUCUAUUCUCCAGUGGCUGGGUUCGAGCCGUGGCGGGACCGCGGGAGGAGCGGCCGGGCAGACGGCCCCGCCAAAAACUCUGGGGGAGAACACUCGUUUUAAGUUCGUCUGUGCCUUGUCAAGGGCCGUAAAGGUACUCACGUAUGUGCCCAAUUCCUUAACAAAACUGUCUCCGAACAGGAGGCCCUUGGCUUGCAGUCCCGGUUCAGAGAGGGCCAUGUUAACUAGUUUGGGCUCGAUUUUCAUCAGAGUAGUCUUGCGCCUCUCAGUGGCUAGCGCAGCAUUCGCGUUACCGAUGAGGCAGAUGGAUCUCUGGGCCCAGCCCCUAAUGGCCAGUAUGUCAAGAGGCGUCCCUUCAUUUAAUGCCUCCUCGACCAGUUCAAAUAUCUUGGCACUAGGGCCUAGUGUAUCCAGCACAUUAUCCUGGCACUGCCACAGGGAGUAAUCAAGACCCUUCUUGGCUUUCCAGCCCAAUUUUCCCAGGAACUGCGCUAUUUUGGGGUCUAUGUCUGGCGUGACGCAGGCCCUGUCGGGCGCGGGCACUCCGCCCGCAAUUUUUGUCUGGCAGUUUUAACUAGGGGUUUACGUAUUCUGGCCGCUAUGUACCGUGCCACAUGGUCAGUCGGGUACCACUCCGCCGACCUAGGGUUCUGCAGAGUAUCAGGGUCGAACAGAGGUUCACCCUGUGGGCCCAGUAUGGCGGAAUCAUCCGCAGUAUCAUGCAAAGGGUUAGGCGGGUUGCGUGAUGGGCUACGGUCAGGGGAGGACACCUCCCAAUCAUUGUAUUCAACUUCAUUGGACUCGCUCAAAACCUCCUCCGUAUCCGAACCAGAGUCGGAAGCGUCAGUUUGGGCUUUUGCCCACUUCCAUGUCCUCGCCGCUUUUGCCCGGCGGGUGGCUCGUUUUCGUGGGAGCCCCACGACCUCAGGUGUGACAGGACGUACCCUGUCCGUCAGUUCAGUUUUGGAGGUGUGCUUUCCCAUUUAGUGAGUUUUUCUCACAGCCUUACGGCCCUCCUUCUGUACAGGGCCCUCGUCUGUGACCCUGCCUAGGGGUUCCUUAGGGUUGGCUGCCUUAAUAGCAGUUGAAAUAGAGUGGGAUAUGUUGUCAGACAUAACCCCCAUUGCGGUAUAGAUAGCCUGGGUAACUGAUUUAGACAUGGUGGCAUCCAGGAGCGAGUGGAACUCCUCUGAGUCCAAAUGCUCCAGGGGGGUCACCACGUCCCCUUGCAGGGUGGGGGGUGCAGACACCAAGGACCUGCUGGCGUCCCCCUUACCACUUGGGCCAGGGGCAGAGUAUUCAGUAGGGGUCUGCAUCUUGGGCCAAAAAGUGAGUGAGGCAACACUAGCACUAGGGCAACUAUAUUUACUGUGACACUGGAGUGUGCAGGCUGGGCAAGAGGCUAAGACAAGGCAACAGACAAAAAAGCACAGUAACAAAACAGCAGCUUGUACUGUCAGCUUACCGAGUGUUCCCCCAGGAAUGGCCUCUGGGGACACUGGCAGGCUGACAGUACAAGCUGCUGUUUUGUUACUGUGCUUUUUUGUCUGUUGCCUACUUGGCCAAUCAGCUCACGACCUGCCAGUGGGCUGUGAGCUGAGCAGGGAAAAAGAGCGGCAAAAUUUCAUUACCGCCCCUUUAAGACGGCCGUGUGCGGUAUUGUGGCUGGGGGAAGCCCCUGAGAAGAACCGGGCUCUUCCCAGGGGGUUCCCCACACUGUGCGACCGGGAGGAGAGGGUAAUAGACUACCCGGCGGUCUGCACGGAGCCGGAAUCCCGCCGGGGGGGGAGAGGGGUGCGGGGCACCUGCAGGGAACGCGGGCACAACAGGUUACACACAGAGGGAAAUCCCUCAAGGCUAACCAGCAGCAAGUGCAGUGGAAACAAAUACCAGCAAGAAUAACCAGUGAACAUAUAAAACAUACACAAAAUGGAGUCAGAGAAAAACAGUGAUACUUAGCUGAGGCAGCAGCAAAGAAAGAGGAAGAGGAGGAGGAUACAGGAGAGGAUAUGAGAGAAGGACUGUUCCUAUUGGUGGAAAGUUGGUGAUGUAAGGUUAACCCUGUGAGGGUAGUUAUGCAUGUUUGUUUUUUUCUAUACAAAUAAACACCUUAGCUUUUCUUUGCUGCUGAGGAAAUAAAAGAAAGAGAGAAGCCUAAUAUGAGCCUCUGUGUCCUUUAAUAAAAUCAGUGUUUCUGUAGGAAAGCAUUGGGAGGCAAGCUUGCAUGUACAGCCAAACGCCACCCUGCACCAAUCAUAUGGUCAUACAAUCUGACUAAAACCAGAAGUGCUUCUAGUAGACCUGUAGUGUUAAAAGCACCAAUUAGGCAGCUUCUUCCCCACCUUAGAAGGUGUUAAAACAUACUUAUUACCAGCACUGCGUGGGUCCACUGGCGUUGGCUCCUCCCUCGAUCCGCCUCUGAAUUUACUGGGAAACAUUGGAUUGGCUGAAAUCGGCAAGGAGGCGGGGCCAAACAUGGUUCUGGCCAGUCAGCACCUCCUCAUAGAGAUGCAGAGCGUGGAGACUGUGCCCAGGGAGCACCUACAGUGGCGAUCUGAGGAGUGGCCACAGGAGAUAUCAAUAGGGGGCACUGUGAACACUGCAUUCAGUGUUUACAUGAAAAUGCCUGAAGGGAAUGAUUAUACCCACCAGAACAACUACAUUAAGCUGUAGUUGUUCUUGUUACUAUAAUGUCUCUUUUAAGUUGUUGUUUUUUUUCUUUCCUUUUUUCUAUAUCUAUUAAAACACUCAUAUUUUAAUUUAUUUCCAUAACCCGUCUACUGCUGAGCAUCAAUCAUGUUGUUACACUUGCUGCAAGACACACCUCUCCUGCAUACCCCUGUUUAGGAAGCAAAUGCUUGCUUCCCAUAACAAAUGGAGAGUCCCCAAUUCUUAAUGUUGGCUUUGUGAAAAUAAAAUGUUUGUGUUCUCUCUCUCCAUUUUCAGAUUGUCUGUUUAAAGCUGCUGCAGUAAGCCAUUAUGGAUGUUUCUCUACUUUCUCUGUACUGCUACUUUUGUUUUCAAACCUCUGAUUUUAGAGAGUUUUAGGCAUUUGCUAGCAAUUUUGCAAGAACAAUGUACAGAUGAUAACCAAUUCUCUAUCAUUCUCUAUCAUUAAAGAUUAAGUUGUAGUUGUCAUUAAGUUAAAGGGACUAAAGUGCUUUGUGUUCUCUCCUUUCUUUUGAAGAGCUCAGUAUCUCCACUUAGAUCUCCUAGCAGCUGGAAGAAGCUCUUUUUAGUGAAUAUAAUUCCUCCACCCCCAUUAACUAGGCGACACAUAGUUUCUGGAGUACAACUGAUUUUUAGUGGGAAGGCACAGUCCUUUAUACACGGACCCCCAGCAUGGGGUCCCUAUUCAUGCCAGCGUAAGCCUGCCCUAGUGCCUCUGAGUCUGGGAGAUAAUUGAGUUAGGCCUCACUUAAGCUAAUUAUCUCCCUGAUACAGAGGACACAACAUAAAAAUACCUCAAAAUCACAUGAAAACAGGACACUAACACAUCAUAUAUCCCCAGAUAGCUGUGAUCCGAGCACCCAGGUUGGCAAAAUAGCGCCCGAUCCAUAGAGAAUAGACAGAUCGCCACUGGGGUCAAUUAUCAGGAGCUCCUGCAGACAAACAAAGGGUGGCUCCCCCUGACUCUCAGGGAGCGAUUGGUCCUCUCAGUCCAUAGUACUUCCUAAGUUGGAAAUAAGAGGUAGUGUGGCCGAGCUGUGGGUUCCACGUGUUUGGUACUAGAUCCUGCAAGGGACCUUGUGGCUCUCUGAAACUAAAUGCCUGCCGGGGCGGAGGUGCUCUCAAGUGUUCAGCAUGGAGGGGAGAAGGUACAGAGCCAGGAGUAGUGAAAUAGUUUGUUCACGAACAAAUGAGGGGGAAAUAAUAUACAGUUUUCCACAGCAAUUAUAUGAAUUAACCUUGUUACACCUCCUGGCUGGCAAUAAGGGUCCUGUUACUUCCUGUUUGGUUAGCUAGGUGGAGCUAAACUCAACAAGUAGCAAUUACACAGACCACCUGCCUUGUAAAGAUUGUGCAGCAUUGGGAAGUCUGUGAUUGGACAGUCACAUAAAGUCUGGGCGGGGUUAGGAUUUUCAAAGGCUGCAGUAAAGAGACCUGAAACUUUUGCGAGCUGAUUUAGAAAAAUCCCCAAUCAAAAAUGCCUAAUUGAAUGCAUGCAUGUUUUCAUUGGGUUAUAUUUAUUAAAAAGUAUUUUUGGGCAGUGUAGUGGCCCUUUUGAAAAUUUUAGGAAAACAGCUUGGCUAUUUUAAUUUGGCUUUCAGUUCACUACAAUUAGCUAUUUAAGUUAGUGUAGUACAUUAUAAUAUAUCUCUAUAUAUCUCUAUAUAUGGCAUCAUCUUUAGAUGACUGCCAAUUCUUAUUAGGUACUGAUGAUUAGUUUUUUUUGGGGGGAGGGGUGUUUUCUAUUUUAGAAUGGCACUGUUUAUAGCUGCAGGCGCAUGUGUGUCCCAAAAUCACUUCACACUAGUGUGGUAGUGCUGGGAGGUUAUGCGUUCAUAUCACUUGUGGGAGCUCAAAUGAAGCCAGCACCUUGGCCUAGCAUUGUCCCACUAGAGACCAGGGAAGCUUACUGCACCUAGAAGGUAGGCAAACAGGAGUAUGGAUAAACAACAUGGCUGCUGACUCCUUUGAUCACCAAAUCCCGUUACCCUUCCAUUCCCAAUAAGUAACGCAACACCAUGUUAAAUGGGUACGGGCAACAGCCACAGCUUUAUUUAAACCAGCCCAACCAAAUACUGUCAGCUGCUGGUUUUAUCAACAGUCGACAUGUACACUUUAAACUUCUUCCAGAGCUUCUUCAGCCUGUCCUUCGUCAUCAACAAAAUACAGGCUGCGACUCCCCAAGCCCGUCCGGGCAUUAUUAAUUUACCAAAACAAAGAAAACACAAAACAACAAUUCCAGAACAGAACAAUUAGGGAGUGUGGGUGGGAAAAGACACUGCCAGGCUCCCUCAGCAUUGUUCACCAGUAGUCUGGUAAUUUUUCCCAUAAUUCCCUGCUUUCAACUGUAAAACCAAAUGUAUCCUUUUGGUUGCUAUGCCAACCCUUCAGGGCAACAGUCAUGCUCCCCCCUCCCUAUUCGCUUCGGGGGUUGGCCUUGACUGCCGACUUCUUCGAUCAACAGAUCCCAAUAAGUAAGGCAACACCAUGUUAAAUGUGUAAGGGUAACGGGCACAGCUUUAUUUAAACCAGCACAACCAAAUACUGUCAGCUGCUGGUUUUACCCAGCAGACAGGUGCACUUCAAACUUCUUCCAGAGCCUCUUCAGCCUGUCCUUCAUCAUCCAAAUUCGGGCUGCGACUCCCCAAGCCCGUUCGGGCAUUAUUAAUUUACCAAACUUGCUGGCGCAGGAAAAACGGUACCCUAGACCCCCACCUCUACAAUGGGAGAAGGGGAUGCACCUUUUCAAUUAUUGAUUGUAAGUAGGGAUCGACCGAUUAUCGGCCGUUAUUCUGUAUUUUCGGCAAUAUCGGUAUCGGCCAAUAUAGAUACCGAUAUUGCCAAUAAUACAUACCAGGACCACAGGGCCCAUUACAAGCCCGGAGGUCCUGGAGGGCCUGCAGCAAAUGCUUACUUACCUUUUCAGCAGCUCCCCUCAGCUCCCCUGUCUAAAUCUCGCGAGUCCCACGGGUUACCAUGGCAACACUCCGCGUGGCAUGCAGACCACGAGAUUUACACAGGGAGCUGCUGGUAGGUAAGUAACAGCUUGCUGCGGGCCCUCCCAAUGCUCAGUACAUGCCACUGGACCACCAGGGAAUGCCAUAGCCCCCCUCCCUGGCCAGGUAACAAGCAGGGAGGGGGGACAAAAAAAUAAAUAAAACAUGUAAAUAUUAAAAAUAAAAUUAAAAUUUUACUCAAAUUACAUUUUACAAAAAUUACAUCCCUUCAGAAACACACACACUCUACACAAACACACACUCUGCAUUAUACACACACUGCACAAACACACACACACUGCAUUAUACACACACUACACAAACAUUGCAUUAUACACACACAACACAAACACACACACACUCUGCAUUCAUUAUAUACAAACACACUGCAUUCACUAUACACACACUGCAUUCAUUAUACACACACUAUACGCACACUACACACACACUGCAUUCACUUUACUCACACUACACACACACUGCAUUCACUUUACACACACUACAUUCACUAUACAAACACACACACACUCUGCAUUCACUAUAUAUACACACUACACAAACACACCCUGCAUUCAUUACAUACACACUGCAUCCACCAGACAAACACAUACAGCUCUCCUGUCUAAACACACUGCAUCCACUACAUGUGGCAUGUAUAUUUUGUGCAUUUACCUUAAGAAAUAGUUUAUUUUUUCAAAAUGGUAAAUGUGCCGAAUAUCGGCAAGUUAUCGGCUAUCGGCCCGAAAGUUCACAGAUUAUCGGCAUCGGCUCUAAAAAAAAAUCAAUAUAUCGGUGGUCCCUAAUUGUAACCCCAUAUUAAAUUUAUCCAAACCGAUAUGAGUAAGAUGUACCAAAUCAGUACACAUAACAUUCUGGUUAUCUCCUUCUAGUUUAACAUGACGAAUCACCAAUCCAUCCAAGCAUUGUACGAAUCAUGAUAUUUUCAUGUAGAAGCAACAUCUACCUCGCUAUACCCCUUUGGUGUUGUGCGCUCUUGACCCAGGUAAUUACCACCAGUGUGGAUCAGCAGAAUCAGCAGUAUAACUGGUUCCAUCACAUCCCGCCGAAGUGACCAGCUGCUCAAUAAAUAAAAAAAUGCCCAACAAUCCAAACAUAUAGAGAAUAACUAGAAAUAAACCAAACAUUAACAAUAUCCAGGCACCUAUAAAAGGUGCGGACGAACAUAUAAUCAAAACCUGCCCAAUUCCCACUGACCCAAAAGCAGAGUGUGAAUUAACCUUGUUACACCUCCUGGCUGGCAAUAAGGGUCCUGUCUGGAAGACCUAACAUGCUUGCCUGCAUAGUCGGACCGAUGUGGAAUGAAUGAGUUAAGUAACCACUAUCAACCACUCCUAACAAGCGCAACACCGACAUAAACACUCUAGUGAACGGAUAGGAACCGGCCCAUAUGCAUGCAACAAAAAGGAACCCGAAGCACUGGCACAAAUCUCCAAAUAAUAGUGGCUCCAAUCCUUAUAACUCUACCACUACCCAUUUGGUCAGUAUUAUAUUACCAAAUCAAAAAUUCCACUUCAUUAUAACACUAAAGAACAUCCUUCCUAAAAAGGGGUGACUGAGUUCUAGAACUUGGAGCCACCAAUCUGCCAACUCAUCGAGCUGCCUAAAAACACACUGAAAAGGCCACCUGGAACAGGAUUGCCUCAAAUGGGUACAAGUAAAUAGCAGGCAGGAUCCCACCUAUGUAUACCAGCAAGUGCACAAAUACAGGAUGCCUAACGACCGCCUACAGUUUACGUCUCCAACAGUGCAAUACCCAUUGAUCCACAAAUGCUUUAGUCACAUCUUCCCAUCCCAUAAAGGGCAAAAUUGAAAGGUCUGAUAUAUCCUGUUCCACUGACACAUAUGUCCCACAAUGCUGCAAGUAGGAAAUAAAGGCUAAAGUGGAUAAGAACCUACUUUCUAAAGAACAACCAAAUACUCCUACCACACAAAUCUAUUGAUCCCACACUUUCAGGUAUGCUGCCCAAGACGUGGGAGCCAGGGACCUCCCAAUCAAGCCAGUCAAGUUCUGAAGCUGAGGUUCCAGAAGCAUUCAGGGCACUCCACAAGCCUGUGCCUCUGGAGUCACCUCCCAAAUUUGAUCCUACUGGAAGAGAGAAAGAGAGUCGGCAAUUACAUUAGACACAUGCACCAGAACCAAAUAUUAAACUCCAAGCAAUGCAGAAUCACCCGUCGCAAUAAGGCCAAUACCGAAAGAGAACCCCAAAAUAAGUGGUUCAUGACAUGAACUGCACUCAGGUUAUCUGUACCCAGAGUUUGACCAGAAAUAGUACCAAUCGGAAAUAGUACCAAAAAGGAAUCUGACCACGCCAGUAGCCCGCACAUCACAGCCCUCAGGAAAAGACACCAAGUUAACCUAGCCGAAGCCUCUGUUAACAGCUCAAUUGGCCAGGUUAGACACUGUAACUAUGCCAAAAUGUCUGACCAUCAUAACAGGAAGGAACAAAAACUCCAAACUCCCAAAAUGCGAGUAAAACUAAAAGGUAGAUGAAUACCAACCGUAGCCAAGAAAACAUACUCCAAAUCCUUCCUGUAAAUUUCUUCAGAAACCAGCGACUGAAUAACAUACUAAUCUCAAAUGACAUCCGAAGUUCAUUGCCAAAUUGCGUCUGAAUGCAAUUCGCAAACUUCUCCCAAAUUUGAUCUGGCACCAUUGACUGACAUAGGGGCCUGUGAUGUCUGUGUAGGGGUGCAUACGGACAUCACAUACGCGCCCUUGGGGGAUAUUCAAGCAUCACUCUGUCUCUCCUGGCAUGUGGCUGCAUGCUCUGAUGUGACAUCCUGCCCAGCCAGAAGAAACAUAGAAUGUGACAGCAGAUAAGAACCAUUUGGCCCAUUUAGUCUGCCCAAUUUUCUAAAUACUUUCAUUAGUCCCUGGCCUUAUUUUACAGCUAGGAUAACCUUCUGUCUAUCCCACGCAUGCAUAAACUCCUUCACUGUGUUAACCUCCAGCACUUCAGCCGGAAGGCUAUUCCAUGCAUCCACUACCCUCUCAGUAAAGUAAUACUUCCUGAUAUUAUUUUUAAACCUUUGCUCUUCUAAUUUAAGACUGUCCUCUUGCUGUGGUAGUUUUUCUUCUUUUAAAUAUAGUCUCCUCCUGUACUGUGUUGAUUCCCUUUAUGUAUUUAAAUGUUUCUAUCAUAUCCCCCCGUCUCGUCUUUCCUCCAAGCUAUACAUGUUAAGAUCCUUUAACCUUUCCUUGUAGCUUCUAUGCUGCAAUCCAUGACCCAGUUUAGUAGCCCGUCUCUGAAUUCUCUCUAAAGUAUCAAUAUCCUACUGGAGAUACGGUCUCCAGUACUGCGUACAAUAGUCCAAGUGAGGUCUCACCAGUUUCUGUACAAUGGCAUGAGCACUUCCCUCUUUCUACUGCUAAUACUUCUCCCUAUAGAACCAAGCAUUCUGCUAGCAUUUCCUGCUGCUCUAUUACAUUGUCUACAUAGAGAAAUAAAUGACCUACAAAAUAAAAUCAGAAAGGACCACAAAUGGUGCAGACCAAAAAACACCAGAUAAUAGCUAGUGUAAAAAUGCACUCACAAACAUAAAUUAAAGCAGGCAGAAUAUAAAAAUAUCGGCAGAACAGAAAUCUGUUGUGAAGACAAUCAGUAGAACACAGGAAAAGACAGUGUUCUUUCACCCUACGCAUUUUGUCUAUAAACAGACUUCCUCAGGGGUAUUCAGCGUGUGUCUGACAAUUCUACCAAGUCUUCAUGUAAGUUCAAAUCCACUCGAAAGUCUCUUCACAAAGUCAAUUCUCCAAGUCCAUAUAUUAGAAGAUUGGCUAUUAUAAGAAUUUAAAAUAUUCACAUCAGAUUUUAUUAAUACCUGUUUCAUUUAUGUUACAUUUUCUUAUUUAUGGACUUUUUGAAGAGACUUUCGAGUGGAUUAAACUUACAUGAAGAUGGAGCGCAUAUGCUUUCCACUGUAGAAUAAAAAGAAGUCUGCCACCUUGGAUGUGUGGAUUUGAUGGACGUUUUGAAAACAGAAGGAUUCACAAUGAGGCAUGCCCUCCAAAUGAGGAUUAUCGACAUCAGGUGGACCAGCAAUUUUGGAGAAGCAAACCAGGAUGUUUAAACCCAGGACUUGGUAGAAUUGUCAGACACACGCUGAAGACCCCUGAGAAAAUUUGUGGUCCUUUCUGAUUUUAUUUUGUAGGUUGUUUCUCUAUGUAUAUUCAGAAGAGCUGAGGAAUCUUCUAAACAUCUACUAUUUUAUAGGGUAAAUAUUUUCAUAAUUACUCCCUUUUUAACCUCUCGAGUUUUAUAUUGUAUGAGGGUUUUUUACGUAUUUUGCUAUUACAUUGUCUGCCUACCUCUAAGUAAUCAGAAAUAAUUACCCCUAAAUCCCUUUCCUCAGAAGUUGAGGUUAGAACUCUGUCAAAUAUUCUGUACUCUGCCCUUGGGUUUUUACGUCCAAGAUGCAUUAUCUUGCACUUAUCCACAUUAAAUGUCAGUUGCCACAACUCUGACCAUUUUUCUAGUUUACCUAAAUCAUUUGCCAUUUGGCUUAUCCCUCCUGGAACAUCAACCAGGUUACAUAUCUUAGUAUCAUGAGCAAAAAGACAUACCUUACCAUCAAGACCUUCUGCAAUAUCACUAAUAAAAAUAUUAAAGAGAAUGGUUCCAAGUACAGAUGCCUGAGGUACCCCACUGGUGACAAGAUCAUGCUUCAAAUAUACUCCAUUUACUACAACCCUCUGUUGCCUGUCACUCAGCCACUGCCUUACCCAUUCAACAGUAUUCAAAUCCAAACAUAAAGAUUGCAGUUUAUUGAUAAGCCUUCUAUGUGCAACAGUGUCAAAGGCCUUACUGAAAUCUAGGUAAGCAAUGUCUACUGCACCACCCUGAUCUAUUAUUUUAGUUACCCAAUCAAAAAGAACAAUAAGAUUAGUUUGGCAUUAUCUCCCUGAAGUAAACCCAUAUUGUCUCUGAUCUUGAAAUCCAUGUGAUUUUAGAUGUUCAUCAAUUCUAUCCUUUAACAUGGUUUCCCAUUACUUUCCCCACUACUGAAGUAAGACUUUGUAACAUAUUCAUCCUCACCUCGUGGUAUUUGCAGUAAUUGCCAUCCUGACAAAUCCGCAAGUGCCGUUCUGCGGCCAUGCAUCAAUGUGUCUGACUCCUGCAGCAUGUUGGUGGAUGCCGGCCUCUUCAGAUCCACACCAAUUUUUAUAACCCCACAUCAGCCCGGUAAUAAUGACGUCGGCGUGCAUGUGACGACACACGGGGGAUAUACACGCACGCUCUGCGGUCAUAGGCCGGGUUCGGCCAAUAGGAGUUAAAGGAGACUUAUUUAAACUCCUUUCUUGCCUUCCCUCAUUGCCCUGUCGUGGUUUCCAUUAGUGGUUGUUUGAGAGUGUGUUCCUGAGCGUUUAUUUCUGGUUAUUGACUUUGGCUUCGUUUUGACUUCCCUGUUUUCUGGUAUCCUUGACUUUUAAUUUUCCCUAAUCAUUGUGUCUUAUUCUGUGUCCUCGACCUUGGCAAGGAUUCUGACUAUUCUCUAGUACGUUAAGUCCGGCCAUUUUAAGGCCUGGUAAUACGUUACCUUUGGUCCUAGGUGUGAUACAGUUCUGCGUGCUGGAUCAACUAGUAAUCCUGACAGGCUUCUUACCCUUUUUUUCUAUGGCUUCAUUUGAGUUAUAUGGAACUGUGUGACUAUCUAUGAGGACUGGCAUUUGCCCUCAAACAAGAUGGCUGCUAAAUGAUUGUAAGCUGGGUACAUGGAGAUCGAUGAAACUGGAAGUGAUGUCACGUACUGGUCCGUUGCAUCACUUCCGGUUUCGGAAUCAAGCGAUGAACAGCUUCAGCUGACUAUAACACAUCUCUUCAAACGAAGAAGAGGAUUGGCGUUUGGAAUACAACAUUAGCCAAUCAAAGGAGGACCUUUGGGUUUAUAUUCCAGACAGACACAGGAAAUCAGCAUCCCGAUCGAUAAAGCUGCAGAAGCGAACCGCGUCUCGGAAGUGGACUAUAUGGUGGACUGGUAUUACUGCACAUUUUAUUAUUAGAUUGUCUGUUGUGUUAAUAAAGUGCCUUUUUUGGUAUACUUUUAUUCACUAGUCCUCUGCUGUUUUUCCUGGAAUCAAGAGGGGGUUGUGCUCUCCUUAAUAGCAUACCUACCUGUAUACCAAGAGCCUAGUAUAAUUGGCUCCUCACAAGGUGAGCAAUUACUUCAUAUCAUAGGGGUAUUUGCAAUUUAAUCUCUUGAUAAUACUGCACAAAGAAGUUUUCUCUUGUCUCUUUCUUUUUUUGGUGAGGAUACUGACCGGACACCAUAAGAAGGUUUUGAUAUUACCUUAAUAUACCUAUGCUGAAGUGAUUUGAGCCUAUCCAUAUGUGGCUCUUAACCAUGUGAGUGUGGUCCCUACUAUCUUCUCAUUUAUGUUACUGGACCUUGAUAUACUUCACCAUUGUGUAUAUCUUUUUAUCAUUUAGGAAUUAUAUUACUGUAUAUUUCCCCAUUGUCUGCCUUUCUUAGCGCUCCACUAAGAGACACCUAUAGUGGUUUGGUCCACCUGGGUUAUCUGUUUUCUUUGUAUUAUAUUUUGUGUGUAAAAUUUGGGGGUAUUUACACGAGUGUGAGCUGCUUUUUCACCUGCAUCCAUUGUCUGGUUUAUCUACUAAGCGCCUUUUAUACACAGAGCACUCUUUUCUGUACUGGCCUAUAGUUGCCUGACUCCUCCCUACUACAUUUCUUGUGAAUGGGCACAACAUUCGCUAACUUCCAAUCUUCUGGGAAUACUCCUGUUAAAGGGAUACUAUAGUCACCAGAACAACUACAGCUUAUUGAAUUUGUUCUGUUGAGUAGAAUCAUUACCUUCAGGCUUUUUUCUGUAAACACUGUCUUUUCAGAGAAAAUGCAGUGUUUACAUUACAGCCUAGUGAUAACUUCACUUCACUCCUCAGAUAGCUGUUAGAGAUUGUUCUUGGGUCAUGGCUGCCUAAAAUGCAUCCAAACUUCAGUGUCUCCUCCCUCUGCAUGCAGACGCUGAACUUUCCUCAAAGAGAUUCAUUGAUUCAAUUCAUCGCAAUGGGGAGAUGCUGAUUGGCCAGGGCUGUGUUUGAAUCAUGCUGGCUCUGCCCUUGAUCUGCCUCUUUGUCAGUCUCAGCCAAUCCUAUGGGGAAGCAUUGUGAUUGGAUCAGGCUACCACGUUUGCUGAUGUCAGCAGACUGCCUGUUUUUGUUUGUUUGUUUUUUUAGGCAAACAGCAUGCAGAUCUACAGCUUCUGGCUUGAUUACAGUAAGAUGCUGCUAUAUUUAUGGAGGCAUGAGGGGCCCAGGGGGGCUCGAUGGUGGUUUUAACACUAUAGGGUCAGGAAUAAAUGUUUGUGUUCCUGACCCUAUAGUGAUCCUUUAACAUUGAUUAGUUAAAUAAAUCUGUUAAUGGUUUUGCUAGUACACCACUAAGCUCUUUAAAUAACUUUGGCUGUAUUCCAUUAGGUCCCGUUGACUUAUUUGUCUUUACUUUUGACAGUUGAAAUAGAACCUCUUCCUCUGUAAACUCACAUGUAACAAAUGACUCAUUUGCCCUUUUUCCUAACUGAGGCCCCUUUCCUUCAUUUUCAUCUGUAAAUACUGAACAAAAAUAUUAAUUGAGGCAGUCAGCUAGACCUUUAUCCUCUUCUACAUACAUUCCUUCUUUUGUUUUUAAUCUAACUAAUCCUUGUUUUACUUUUCUUUUCUCAUUUAUGUAUCUAAAAAAUGUUUUAUCCCCCUUUUUUACUGACUGUGCUAUUUUCUCUUCUGUGUAUGAUUUGGAAGCUCUUAUAACUUGCUUAGCCUCUUUCUGCCUAAUCUUAUAGAUCAUUUUGUCUUCCUCACUUUUUUUUUUUUUUUAUAAUUCCUAAAUGCUAACUUUUUGUUUUUAACUAUUUUGGUCACAUCUGCGGAGUACCACAGUGGUUUCUUGAAUUUUUUGUUUUUACUGACAAGCCUAAUGCAAUUUUCUGUUGCCUUCAAUAGUGCAACUUUUAAAUAAUCCCAUUUCUCUUGGACUUCAUUUAAAUUGCUCUAGUCUGAUAAUGACUCCUCUACCCAUAUUCUAAUUUUAGAAAAGUCUGUUUUUCUAAAGUCUAAAACUUUUGUUUUUGUGUGAUGUGACUCAGUCACUGUUCUUAUAUUAAACCACACUGACUGCUGAUCACUGGAUCCUAAACUUUCACCUACAGUCUCCAAAUCUCCAUUUGUUAACACUAAAUCUAGUAUGGCCUCUUUACAAGUUGGCUCCUCAACACUUGUUUUAGAGGCAAUCCCAGUAGGGAGUUUAGAAUAUGUGUUCUCCUGGCACAAGCAACUAUUUUGGUUUUCCAGUUCAGAGAGAGAGAGAGAGAGGGCCUAGGGCUCAGGAACCUUACACGGAAUCCGGCGCCAUCUUGAGGCCUUGCACCGCCAUCUUGGGAAUGCGACCAGAUCUGGAAAUUUGUACUUGGCACUCUCCCUGACCUUCUCCGCACCGCAAUCUCCAGAAUUUAAGUCCCCAAACCAGCCUCACCCGGUUCAGGACUCCUGGGGGGUGCUGGAGCUGCUCUGGAUCGCUGAAUCAGACUUGGGCCAGGCCCGUCUGCUCACAGGUGAAGAAGCCACUUCUUGUUCCAAUCCACCAUGUUCCCCUGAGCCCUCCAUGACACCUUGUAUUAAGGAAGCAUAGGACUCUCACCACGAGCCCUAUGGAAAGCAUAUAGCAGAGUGAGUAAUGCCUCCCUCGUCAUCUCUGAAGCACUAGCCAUUUUAUUUAAUAAAUGUAAUUUUUACAGGUACUGCCAGAGGAAAGAAACUGCCAGGCUCCAGUAGUCUGGUAAUUUUCCCAGAAUUUCCUGCUUCCAACUGUAUCCAUUUGGUUGCUAUGCCAACCCCUCAGGGGAACAGUCAUGCUCUCCCCUCCCUAUUCGCUCCGGGGGUUGGCCCUUAUAGUGUGUGAUUCAAUAUGUGUAUAUCCCAGGCAAUGUUUAUCUGUGUGUGUCUGUGCAUGCUUAUGUGUCUUUAACCCCCUUAAGGACGGCGGGCGUGCUAUGCCAUCCUUGGGGACGUGGCUCUGAAUGCCGGGGGGCGGCAUAGCACAUCCCUGCCGUCCUUUCUAUUUACCCGGUCACAGACAUACAGACCCACACACUGACAAACAUACACUGACAGACAAACAGAUACGCACACACACAGACACUGAAAGGCAUACAGACUCACGCACAGACACAGAGCGACAGGCAGCCUUAGGCUGUUGGGAGUUAGGGGCUGGCUCCUGCAGCCUUCUCCUCUGUCCACCUGUCUUUUCCAGCCCUGAUCCGCUCCUCACUGCCUCCCCCUACCAUGCGACUCCAUGUCUCUCUAGCUGUCAAUUCCUCCUAUACUGCCAAUAAGAAAAGGGCCCAGUCUCGCUGUUAAAGGACAACAGCAUGAUGGGCUUCCUUAGUGUACGGGCACACGAAAUCCUUUGGCAGGACAUGUGUUGUGCAGGUCUGGACUGAAGCUAAUGCAUUUUAAUUUAUGCCUUAUACAAUGUAAUUGCAAUAUAGACUAAAAUUAAUUAUUGUGAUACAAACUUUCAUAUGAAGAUUAUUUGAAUUCCUUUUGUUGUCUCCACUUAGAUUCCCAUCAAAUUUAAAGAGAAGAACUGAAUGGCUGAAGUAUGUGAACAGAGAUAAUUUCUUCCCUGGACUUCAUACAUUUAUUUGCUCCAAACAUUUUGAAGAAUCUUGUUUUGACAGAACAGGACAAACCGUGCGCUUGAGAGAAAAUGCUGUACCAACAAUUUUUGUUUACCCUGACAACAUGCUGGAAAAGGUAUUAUAGUGACCGCUUCACCUCUGGUUUCAGACUUUGGAUUUUAAACAAACUAUUAGCAAAGCAUUAUGAAUAGUCAUGGACAGUGGGACAAUUAUUAUAGAGUUAUGUGUUUGGACAGUUAUCAGAUUUUAGGAGUGGAAUAAAGAUAACAUUUGUGAUUGUUUAGGGUGCCAAUUCCAUACUUCUAGCAUUGUCUAAGGCAGGGCUUUCCAGUUAUCACCAUGGAACCCUUUGACAUAGUGUAUCAUAGUGGACAGACACACAAACACAUACAAACUCCCUAACAGACACACAUACAAUUUUUUUAUUUUUAUGUUUUACUCCACCCAGCCCCCCCCCCCCACCUUUAGGAGUGCUGGCAUGGAGUCCCUGUGGUCCACUGGGGCUGCUGUGAGGUCAUGUUCCGGCUCCAGCAUCGCUGCUAUGCGCGCAAGGGAGCUGAGCAGGUAGAUCACUGCUCCCUCACCGCAUGCGGCCAUUUUAUUUUUCAAACUUUUGGCGGAACACCAAUUGGGAAACGCUGGUCUAAGGGCACUAGAGAUUUUAAACAAAAUAUAUCUGUUAUAGUCCAUCAUUCAUAACUAAUACGUGCUGUAAAAGUCACCUUUUUAGGAAACAAAUCAGUAUUGGUUCAGAGGUCAUUCUUAGAUCUCUGAUGCUUCUAAAAGGAGGCCAUAAAAACUAAAACUUUUGAAUUUGUGUCUUUAUCAGAGUGAUUGGGUAAUGUUACUUUGUUUUAAUGACUUGGGACCUGAUUGAGAUUUUGUUUUAUUUUCCAGCAUUUCAAGAUUUAUAUACACCCUGUGUAUAUUGACAUAUGUUCAUUAACACUAGUUUUACUGAUAUACGGUAGUUAAUCUUAAAAUAUUUGUGAACUCUUGCAAUUAUCAUAAUCAUUAAUAACAUUACUCUUUCUCUUCAGAUAGCUCAUCAAAAGGCAGCCGAAGAGGAUCUUUUAAUAACAUUAAGCACAGAAACAGACAAGCAGACAAUUCCUUUUGUGGACCACAAUUAUUGCCUUCCAAGCCCUGAAAAAAUCAAAAAGAAAAUCUGCGAACUUGAAAGAAAACUAGAUAUUGCCCACAAAAAAAUAAAAAUAUAUCAACAGCAGGAACGUAGAAUCAAAAGGAAUUCUUCAGAGGAAAAUAGUGUUAGCUGCACAUUAAAUGACCUAACUGGAAUGAAAGGUUCCUGGGGACUACACUGAUGCAUGUAGGGCUAGAUUUUGGAUGAGCCUCUCCUAUUUCUUGUAAAAGAAAUUAUUUUGCUGUGUUGCUUCCCAAUGGCAACAUAUCUAGUGAAAUUCACUCUACAAAUAGUUUUGGAUAAUGUGGACAUGGUGUCUGAAGCAGCAUGUUCAAAGAUCUCAUCAGAUUUUGUAUGUUUAACCUUUAUAUGCUUUCCCUUCAUAAAGAGCUGUUUUUCUCUUUGACUUGUAUACUUACAAUGGGCCGGGUUAUAAAUGUGUGGCCAACAGAAAUAUUGUGAAACGUUCUAUAACCAAACAAAAAAAAGUUAUAAAAAUUAAAAUUAGGCCCUAGUGACAAAGGAAAAACAAGAUUUGUGACACCAUUGCAAAUAUAUGAAACAAAAAAAACCCUGAGAUAUCACAUUGACACAAGUAUUUAGACAAAUAACUCAGUACUUAGUUGAAGCAACUUAGGCAGUGAUUUCAGCUUCUAGCCUUUUUUGGGUAUGAUAAACUUUGUACACCUGGAUUUUGGUAGUUUCUGCCAUGCAUCUCUGCAUAUCCUCUCAAGCUCUUUUAGGUUGGAUGAGGAUCUUCGGUGACCUGUUAUUUUCAGGUCUUUCCAGAUAUGUUUGUUUGGGAUCAACUCUGGGCCACUGAAGGACAUUCACAGGUUUGUCCCUAAGACAUUUUUGGGUUUUCUUGGCUGUGUGUCUAUGAUCAUUGUCUUGUUGGAAGAUGAACCUUCGUCCCAGUCUGAGGUCCUGAGUGCCUCGGACCAGGUUUUUAUUAAAGAUAUCUAUUCUACUUUGAAUUGAGGACAAACAAAUUUAAUCUCCAAUGCAGUCAAUCUUGUUUUUCACAAUCCUUGACUGUUUUUUUUUUUACAAAUUUCAACUAUGCUGUCAUGUGUCUUGCAUUGAGGAGAGACUUCCAUCUGGCCAGUCUGCCAUAAAGGCCAGAUCAUUGGAGUGUUGAAGUGAUUUCUGGACCUCAACUAGAGUGGCCAUCGGUUCUAAGUUUUCUCUCUUACCAAGGCCCAUCUUCCCUGAUUGCUUGGUUUGGCCAGACAUCCUGCUCUUGGAAGUGUCCAGGUUGUCCCGAAAUUCUUCCAUUUAAGAAUUUUGGAGGCCACUGUACAGUUCACUUGACCUCAUUUCUUGUUUUGUUUUGUUUUUUUGCUCAGAUAUACAUUUACAGCAGUGAGAUGUUGUAUAUAAACAUGUGUGCUGGACUUGUACGGAAAUGCGUUUCCAGUGGCACAAGCAAAUUCUAUUUAAAUUUAAAAUUCACAUUGAAUCACUUUAAUGAAUAAUUCUGAAAGUGUAGAAACAUUUAAAUGAUGAUCAAUAGAAACCGGAUGCAUCUGAGCUAAAAUUCAAGCAUCGUAGUAAAGGAUCUGAAUACUUAUGUCAAUGUUAUAUUUGUUUUGUCUUUUUAAAGGACCACUCUAGGCACCAAGACCACUUCAGCUUAAUGAAGUGGUCUGGGUGCCAGGUCCAUCUAGGGUUAACCCAUUUUUUAAUAAACAUAGCAGUUUCAGAGAAACUGCUAUGUUUAUUAAUGGGUUAAGCCUUCCCCCUAAUCCUCUAGUGGCUGUCUCAUUGACAGCCACUAGAGGCGCUUGCGUGCUUCUCAC